UCAUCAUCGGGAUCCCUCCUGAUCCACCCACCUCCUCUCCUCGUAAUUACCCAUCGGGCCAAUCCCGCAGCCCCCUUUCGAUCCCCUCCUCCCGAGCCUCGGCGGACUGCGCUCCCGCCGGCGACCAGCAGGGCGUCGAGCCCAUCCGGAUGCCGCUGAUGCUACCGUUCCCUGCCGUGGCGCGCGAGCACCUCAAAUUUGUCACCGCAUCGCUCCCGCGAGCCUGCUCACUGGCGACCUCAACCUCCAGGCCACCCCGAUGCCCCGCUGCCUCGCUCCACCACCGGCCGCCUCGUCCCUCCAGGAACAUGAGCAACAGGAGGUCACCCCUGCUACCAUGGCCAUCGUUCUGUUGCCCUCUAUAGGUCGACACCGCCGCCAUGGAACCGCAGCUCCGCCGUCUGCCUGCUCCUCGCCGGAGUGCCUUGCAGCGCCUCGCCUCCCAGCCAUGCUUCCCGUCCUGGAUGCCGAACAAGCUCGCCGGCGUCCUCGCGCCGUCCGCCACCAGCAGAACCAGGGCCCCUGCCUCGCGCCCUCCUCUUCGUCGCCUGGAGUCGUCGGGAGCCCGCGCCAAGUCCCGCCGCCGCGCCCUUGUUCCUGUCGUGGCCCGUGCCAUCCCCGUAGAGCAAGCGCCAGCAACGCCACAGCCGUCCUCGUCCAGGCGCUCGAGUCCACGAGUGAGGACCUCGCCGCGUCCCUGCCCAAGGACCACCCGGUCCGCCUCCUCCAGCCACCUCCCCGACAUGUCGCCCGUCAGAUUCACCGUCGUCGCACCCUGCAUCGCCGUUGUCUGCCGCGACCUCCUCUGCUUCGUCCACGCCCCUAUUUUGCCCGAGGAGAACGAGCAGCGCAGCCCGUGCUCGAUCCGCUGGCACGCGUUGACCGCACCCACGCUCAAGGCCACUUCGGCGCUAAGGCCCAACUGUGGCCUCCUCUCUGGCCCAGCUCCAGUUUCGGUCUGCUAGGCCCGAUGUGAGCGCUGCCCAAACCCCACCCUCUGCACAGUUCGGCCUCUGUUCUAGAUUCAGCCCGCAUAAUGUUUUUUUCCACAGGACGAAUUUCUCUUUUUCCAGAAAACUACAUAUUUACAGUUUA